AUGGCCAACGUGCACACCACAGCAGCAGAGCCACCCACAACACCACUACCUGCAGCGCCAGCGUUGGGUUCAGUAGAGGCUCAGAAUGUGGGCUUGCUGCAGUAUGUCGAGGCAUCGCUCGAUGAGGACGAAGAGUUCUAUUUCUUGCGUUUCGAGCACCUGCAAAGGACCAACCUUGUCGCGUUGCAGAUGAAGCUCAUUCGCACGAAGGACGUGUUGUCAAAGGCGUCAACUAUCUCUGAUGAUGAUCUUGAAAAACUGAGAACGAAUUUAGAGCAAUAUGGCAAGCAUACCCGCAUCGCUUCGUACAGUACAUUUCUAACCGAUGUCAGCUACUGCAAUACAAAACUACCACUCCCUGCGGAAAAGAAAGAGUCUAACCUCAAAUGA